UGACGAGCACAUUCUCUGCUGUGAAGUAGCGAAGAAAGAAAAUGCCUGAACCCGCCAAGUCCGCGCCCAAGAAGGGCUCCAAGAAAGCCGUGACUAAAACCGCCGGCAAGGGCGGCAAGAAGAAGAGAAAGACCAGGAAGGAGAGCUACGCCAUCUACGUGUACAAGGUGCUGAAGCAGGUGCACCCCGACACCGGCAUCUCCUCCAAGGCCAUGAGCAUCAUGAACUCGUUCGUCAACGACAUCUUCGAGCGCAUCGCUGCUGAGGCCUCCCGCCUGGCUCACUACAACAAGCGCUCCACCAUCACCUCCAGGGAGAUCCAGACCGCCGUGCGUCUCCUGCUGCCCGGUGAGCUGGCCAAGCACGCCGUAUCCGAGGGCACCAAGGCUGUGACCAAGUACACCAGCUCCAAGUAAACUGCAGCUCUACUGCACUCACCCAACGGCUCUUUUCAGAGCCACCCGCCUCUUCUGAAGAGCACAUUUCUACACAAAAUUUUAAAGUAACACAAACUGUUUAGUACUUGAAACCAAAAGCAAGCGGACAAAAUGGAAAAACUUUUUGUGUUGUAAAAUAAAACGAUGACAUCGUGACCAGAAGCUUCGUAAUUUCCGACUUUGUUUACAGAACUUGUAUGUUUUUCACUGGAGUGAAUGCACUGACAAUGUUCUGUUAGUUAAACCUAUAGAUGUUUUUCUCAUCAGUGACUAAAUACUUGAUAGCUGUUUCAUGUAUGAACAAAAUGUCCUGUAUUUGAAACUGCCUCUAGCAUUUACAAAAACAAAGCUGUGCGAAGGACUUCUCUUCAAUGAAAUUAAGGGUUUUAGUAUUCUGUUGUGUGUAUCCAUCAGAGGGGAAACUUAUUUCUUAUUCCAUAUUUCAUAAUGACCGAAGCACACACGUGCAUAUCUAUUUAUAAUUAUAUAUGGGUAACAUUGUAUUUAGUUAUUACAUGUUAGACUGCCCUUUUGCUUUUCUUCCUUUUUUCUUUGCAGUGGAGGGUAUGAGGUAUUUUGGUAUAAUGAGAAUAAAUAAUUCUAAUAUCACUAAAUUCACUUUUUAAACAUGGAGCUUAUCUUCUAGUUUUGUAGAUGUUGCAAAUGUGGAUUUUCUGCAUCUUCAGAGAUAUUUUUAGGUUUCUGGAUUUUCAUUUAGCUGUUGCAAUAAAGAUACACCAUGUAGAUUGUGCUUAGUGACCACAAAGCACAUCUUGUUUCUGUCAUCUCAAAUUAAAUGAUUACAGACUUG